AUGUAUAAAGCUGGUAGCGGCUUCUUAAAGUCCGCCUGGUACGACAAACUAGCUCUCAACGGGGCCAAGAAUAUCUUCAGUGUGCGAGAUCCAAAAGCUCAUAGUAUCCGUCGCCGUCUACUCUCGGCGCCCAUGUCCGACGCAUCGCUCCAGUCCAUGCAUCCGACAAUCGACGCGAAGGUUAAACUUGCCGUGCGUCAGAUGCAGCAGGAGUUGAACGCUCAAGGGGUCAUGGAUAUCUUCAAGUGGUGGUAUUUCAUGUCGACUGAUCUGAUCGGACAGUUGACGUUUGGUCAGUCUUUUCAGUUGUUGGAGUGUGGUGAGAAAACCCAAAUGGCCAAAGACCUCGAAACCCUCCCCCGUCUCGGGAUGAUCGGCUCCGCAUUCCCCUUCCUCCUGCGUCUCGCCAGCACAAUUCCCCUACCCUACUUCCGCUCCGCAAUGCACGCGCGACAACGCAUCGCACAAUACGCCCAACAAUCCAUCGAUUCCUACCAGACACUCGUCCAGGCAAAUCCCUCACAACCCCCACCGACAACUCUCUUCACCAAACUCUUCCACACAGACCCCGCCGCCCUCGCUGACAUCCGUAUCCCCAGCGAAGCACAGGGCUAUAUUGUCGGUGGGAGCGACAACACAGCAAUCACGCUAACAUACCUCGUGUGGGCUGUGUGUCGGGAUGAAGAUAUUCGAAGUGCGCUACUACAAGACCUAGAUUCUCUCCCGACGGGGUUUGGAGACGAGGAGCUCAACGAACUCCCAUUUUUGAACUGUGUCGUGAAAGAAACGCUACGGCUGUAUGCGACGAAUCCGUCGAAUCGGCCACGGAAUCCGCCUACCCCGGGGGCCAGGCUGUGUGGGUUCUGGAUUACCAGUGAAGUGACGGUUUCGACGCAGGCGUAUAGUUUGCAUCGAGAUGAGAGUGUUUUUCCGGAGCCGGAGAGGUAG